GCAAGAAGCAGCUAUAAAAGUGAAUUUUGUAAGGUUAUGUCAGGUUCGGUGUUUUUGUUUUGAAAAUUGUUUGUUGUGAAUCGCAAAAAAAGCGAAUAGAAAAUCAUUUCACAUAUGCAAACGGUGCAACGUUGAACGACUAAAUUUAAAGCUCGUAUUCCAUCAUUAAAAGUUCAAAAUUUAGUCAAAAACAAUGAGAGUGAUAAUCCCGGAGUCUAGUCGAAAAAGCAACGAUCAAGAUUCAUCGGAUUCAAUAAUUUCGAAGAGACACAACGAUUGCUUACCAUGCAGACUAGUCAGCGGUUUCGGUAUUAUUGGAAUCGGUGGCUACAUUUAUUCUCAGGCAAAACAUCGCCCAGCUGGUGUCGGUAGGAAUCUUAUCAUCUCAACUGCUUUAGUUGCCAGUUACAUUGGUGUGGCGAGACUUACGCAACUCUAUCCAUUCGAUAAAAAGUAGAUUUUUAGGCUUAGCAUCUUACGUUUAAUGUAAAUCGAACCAAAAGUGGCCAUUAAAUGAGCAAACAUUGAGUUUAGAAUGAAAA